GGGCCGUGGCGUGGGCUCCGCCCGGCCGCGCUCAGCGUCAUGGCGCGCCUCCUGCGGGCUCUGCGGGGCCUGCGCCUCCGCGAGGCGCUAGGGUGGGCUGCGCGGGGCCGAGCGGACUGCGGCGGCCUCCGCGCAGGUGCUGGAUCCCCGCAAGCAGGGUCUCUUACAAAAAGUCAGCCGGCUCUCUCCAAGAGUGAGUGGCAGAAGAAGCUGACACCAGAGCAGUUCCAUGUCACAAGAGAAAAAGGGACGGAGCCGCCUUUCAGUGGGAUCUACCUGAAUAACAAGGAACCAGGGAUGUAUCACUGUGUGUGUUGCGACAGCCUGCUCUUCAGCUCUGAGAAGAAGUUCUGCUCCGGCACGGGAUGGCCUUCGUUCUCUGAGGCUCACGGGACAUCUGGCUCUGAUGAGAGUAACACGGGGAUCCUGAGACGCGCGGACACCUCGUUGGGACUAGCUCGCACAGAGGUCGUCUGUAAGCAGUGUGAAGCUCACCUCGGCCAUGUGUUCCCCGACGGACCCGGGCCUGCUGGGCAGAGGUUCUGCAUCAACAGUGUGGCGCUCAGGUUCAAGCCAAGGAAACACUGACCACCUCCGAGUUCCCUUCCCUCCCUCGCCACUCCCUCACUUCCAAAUUCAAUUUGCAGAACUUAUGUGAAUGACUUUUUGUGACCCCAUGAGGUGUAGCCCGCCAGCCUCCUUGUCCAUGGAAUUCUCCAGGCAAGAAUACUGGAGUGGGUAGCCAUUCCCUUCUCCAGAUCUUCCCAACCCAGAGAUCAAACCCAGAUCUCCCGCAUUGCAGGCAGAUCCUUUACUGUCUGAGCCACCAGGGAAGCCCGAUGUGAAUGACUACCCAUUGUGAUUGGUAGUUUUAUUAACUACCAAACCAAGGCUAAGUUCACUGCUGGCACCACGCAAACCACACCUUCUCUAAUUUACUACCUGGAGUCAACCCAGCCCUGGCUCUGGCUUUGACUAGAAUUUCACAAAAUGACAGAGGGAAAACUGUUUCCAUUAAAUCGACUUCUGUGGGCUUUGCCUGGACCAGAGGACGUGACUCUAGGGACGCUUGGAGGCAGAUGGAUAAACCAAAAAAAUAUUCCUACAAAACGACCCUGAACUUUCCAUCACAGUUAAGUUCUUCCCAGACAUAGAUAGGUGAGAGAUCAAGUGAAAAGAGGAAGGAAAAUAUGGCAUUAGAGUACUCCACAGUUCCAGCAUGGAAGGAGGCAUUGAGGAGAAGGAGGAGAGUUGUGGACAAGGUGGGUUUCGGGAGCACGCCUGGAGAUCCAUGGGAUGCAUGAUUUUUUUUUUUUCCAAAACGUUAAUAAACUGUCUUGAACAUUCUAGUUCCAACCUCUCUACCUGCAACUAAAUUUCAAUGGGAAUCCGCUAGAUUUCAGGGAUAAUGAAUACACGUGGCUACAAAGUUAAACUUUAAAGUGUCCAAAUAAAAUAUUUACUAAAA